GGCCUACAGGCACAGCUGGAUGAAAAACAUCUGGAGCUAUUUCUCUCUCUUUCUCUUUCUCUCUCUCUCUCUCUCCGACCUAGUCUCGAGCUGACUCCUGUUGUUGGGUGUGUAUCUGUAUAAUAUCGAGCCGGUCAAUCCUCCAGUGAUCGUAUGGAUCAGAUGAUAAGUGAACAGUAAGAUGAGAAGAGGAUCCGAGCUGCGCUUUCUGCUGACGCUCAGUGUGUGUGUUUGUGUAGGUGCGUUGAGUCACCUGAGGACCAACCUGUGUAAGUGGUGUGAGUCCUCCGUCCCGCUGUGUGAGGACAGCGUCUGCCUCUCCAACUGCAGCCUCACCUCCUUCUGCACUUCCGUACAUGAGAUCUGUGUUGCCAUCUGGAGGAAGAACAACGAGAGCCUCACGGUUCAAACUCUUUGUCAUGACCCAGCACUUCCACUGGAGGGCGUGGCUGCCGGCCUGCGACUCAACUCCUCGUCCAGGGACUGUGUGAUGAGAUCAUCAGGCCACGACGCCAUACUCGUCUGCAGCUGCCAGGGAGAACAAGAGUGUAACGACAGACUCCUCUUCAAUACAGGACCCCAUGGCUUCUCUAAGCUCCAGAGUAAAGAUGUAAUCCCUGUGGUAGCCAUAAGCUUGGUUCCUCCAGUCUUUGUUGCUCUGGUCGCCACAGCAACCUUCUACCUCUACCGCAUGCGCCGGCCAGGGAAACCCAGUCCACCCACGCGCCCUGACUGGCCUACCAAACACCCCCAGAGUCAGUACCAGAGUCAGUACCAGGGUCACUGCCAGGGUCAAUACCAGGCGCUAGCACUCCCUACAGCCAGGCCUGAGGUGUCUCACACCAGGCUGCUCUCCCUGCCCGGGGACGUCCUCAGCAACCUGCUGGAGGGGUGGGGCCCGAGGCCACAGCAGCUGCCCAUCACGCUGGAGGCCCUGGUGGGGAAGGGCCGCUUCGCCGAGCUGUGGCAGGGGAGGCUGCUGUUGCUGACUGGGGGGGGGGGGCUCGGGUGGGGCCGCGGGGUCGGGGAGGCGGUGGCGGUGAAGGUGUUCACGGGGGAGGAGUCAGCGUCGUGGAGCAGCGAGUGCUCCAUCCUCUCCGACCCCCACCUCCGACACGACAACGUGGUGCGGUUCCUGGCGGCGGAGGCACGCGUGCCCCAAGGCAACGCACGCACCCAGUAUUGGCUGGUCCUGGCCUACCACCACAUGGGGAACCUGCAGAACUUCCUGUCUGACAACAUCUUGUCCUGGGAGGAGCUGGUUGCCAUGGCAGGCAGCAUUGCUAGGGGGCUUGCGCAUCUCCAUAGCGACACCACUCCUACCGGGGUGCCCAAGGUUCCUGUGGCCCACCGUGACCUGAAGAGCAGUAACAUCGUGCUGAAGAGCCGGGAGGAGUGUGUGAUCUGUGACUUUGGUCUGGCCCUGAGACUAGACCUGUCUCGCACCGCAGAUGACUUUGCAUACAGUGGACAGGUGGGGACGGCCCGCUACAUGGCCCCAGAGGUGCUGGAGUCCAGGGUCAAUCUGGAGGACCUGGAGGCCUUCAAGCAGAUGGAUGUGUACUCUAUGGCCCUGGUGCUAUGGGAGAUGAUCUCCCGCUGCUCCGCCGUCGGAGAGGUGGGGGUCUACCAGCCAGCGUUCGGCUCUAGGGUGUGUGAGCAGCCCUGCAUCGACAGCAUGAGAGACCUAGUGCUGCGGGACCGAGGACGGCCGGAUAUUCCCCCAGCAUGGACACAACACCAGGGUAUGGGGGUCCUGUGCUCCACUAUCAUCGAGUGUUGGGACCACGACCCAGAGGCCCGGCUCACAGCCCACUGUGUGGUGGAGCGCUUCAAAUUCCUGGAUGAGGAGGGGAGAGGAGGAGAGGAGGAGCAGACACCAGAGGAGAGGAGAGAGGAGAGGAGACCGACUCUGCUCUCUGCUCCUCUCCGUCUAUUCCCAAAGGAGCCUGCACGGUUCCUCUUUCCGCACCCUGAACCUGUGCCCUGUACCUCGACCCGAGACCCUCCCUGACCCCAUCCCCAACUAAUGGGACCACAGAUGCCAUGAGCCUCUGGGGGAACAAGACAGACAUCCUGUCAACUAGGUCAUUAGUCUGACGAAAGAGCAAAAGGCAAAAAAACUAUAAAUACUUGUACAACAAUCUUCCCUAUAAACAUAGUUUAUAUACUUGUCCAACAGUAGAACAUGACUGAGAUGUAAGGAGUACAUGACUGAGUUUUUCCUGUUUAUGAAUCCAUGAAUCAAUGUAAAUGUUUAUGCGUCCAUCAUUUACCUAAAUGUUUCUGAAUCCA